AUGUUCCCUAGUGCUGACCGUUGGUAUUAUUCAAGAGAAGAAAUCGAAAAUAACUCACCAUCAAGAAGAGAUGGUAUUGAUUUGAAGGAAGAAACUCGCCUACGCAAGUCAUACUGUUCAUUCUUGAAAGAUCUCGGUACCAAACUCGAACGUAACCAGGAAACAAAAACCACUGCUAUGGUAUUCUGUCACAGAUUCUUCCUUCGUCAAUCACACGCAAAGAAUAACAGAUGGACAAUUGCAAUAGUCUGCUUGUUCCUUUCUGCCAAGGUUGAGUCUACUCCGGUGGAUUUAAAAACCCUGAUCAUUGCUUCUAAUGAGAUAUUACACAAGAAGGUUAUUGCAGCUGAGCAUAGACAGGAAGUAUAUGAACAACAUAAGGAGCUUGUACUAAAUGGAGAGAAGCUUGUUCUUUCUACACUCAAUUUUGAUUUCAGUGUUGAUCUUCCUUACGAACCUCUUAUCAAAGCAAUGCAAAAAUAUAUGCUUGACGAGGCUACUCAGGGCGAGUUUCCUAAAAUUGCAUGGAAAUUUGUCCAUGAUAGUUUCUGGACGACACUUUGCCUGCAAUAUCAGCCUCGUCACGUAGCAGCUGGUGCUUUUUUCCUCGCUGCCAAGCACAUAAAAAUGGACGUGCAAUCAAAUGAAGAGAGCUGGUGUCAAUAUUUUGACAUCACGCCUCUUCAACUAAAUGAUAUCCGUGGCCAGAUGGGUGAGCUUUAUCAUCGUGCGAAAAAGCCUGUUCCAACAUCUACUGGAACCAUAGGGGAAACGAGUAACACUGGAAACGUAGUGCAGCAACUUGUCCCUACAGAGAGCUCUGAAAUUGAAGGAGGCUCGUCGAGUGUCAAUGAUGGUUCAGUGCAAGAUACGUCGAGGCCUGAAGGAGUUGAAGAAGACAGGCCAGACCGUGAAGCUGGAGAUAAUCAAGAAGAUAGUUGUGUUCGUGAUCCAGCUGCUGAGACAAGUGAUGAUUGA